UGGUGAUGCAGUAGACGGGCUACAACAGAAUUAGUUACAUUAAACUGCGUUUGUGUUCACGCAUUAUUGUCUCCCCGCAGCAGUUCAUGUAAAAUCUGAAGGUGACUUGAGGUGAUGUCCACUAGCCCUCUCCCACCCCUUCUUAUAUUUCUGAGUGAGAAGUAUGGGAUGGGUACAAACUCUACUUUUAACACGUGCCGUAAGAGCAGGAAUGCACUGAUUUAGCUUUUUUCUUUUCUUCAAAGAUGAACAAGAUGAUUCCGGCAGAAGACUUGAAUACUCCUCAGAAGACUGAGCUUCACCAAUGCUCAGAUUGCAAGAAGAGUUUUACUUACCGCAGCGCGCUCCGAAGACACAUGCGCAUUCACACAGGAGAGAAGCCGCAUCAGUGCUCAGAGUGUGGCAAGAGAUUUAGUAGACAGUAUAUGCUCCACAACCACAAGCGCAUUCACACAGGAGAGAAGCCGUAUAACUGCUCAGACUGCGGCAUCUCUUUCACUCAUCUGAGUAAUUUCCAAGUGCACCAGCGCGUCCACACUGGAGAGAAGCUGUACGACUGCCCAGAUUGUGGGAGAAGCUUUACUCACAGCAGGUCUCUCCAGGAUCAUCAGCGCAUUCACACCGGAGAGAAGCCGUAUCAGUGUUCAGAGUGUGGUGUGAGUUUCAGUCGACAGAGUACGCUGCAUAACCACAAGCGCAUUCACGCAGGAGAGAGGCAGUAUCGCUGCCCGGACUGUGACAAGUCCUUCAUUCACCUGCACCAUUACAAAGAACACCAGCGCGUUCACACCGGAGAGAAGCCGUUUCACUGCUCAGACUGCGGAAGGAGUUUUUUGAGACAGAGUACGCUCCAUAACCACCAGCGCAUUCACACCGGAGAGAAGCCGUAUCAGUGCUCUGAGUGUGGGAAGAGUUUCGUUCAGUAUAGUAGUCUUCAACAACACCAGCGAGUUCACACCGGAGAGAAACCGUAUUACUGCUCACAGUGUGGACGGAGUUUUAGCCAAAGACGUGUCCUUAUAGCACACCAGUACGUUCACACUGGAGAGAAGGUUUAUGAGAGCAACAAUGGGCGUCCCGCUUGUGAAAGAAACGAGAUCAUGACGGCAAAAGACUCCAUUAGCCAACAAAAAAAACCAGACCGUCACCAAUGCUCAGACUGUCCAAAGAAUUAUGCUUGUCGGAGUGACCUCCUGAGACACCGGCGCGUUCACACAGGAGAGAAGCCGUAUUGCUGCAGAGACUGCGGGAAGGCUUUUGCUCAUCACGGUAACCUUCAAAAACACCGGUACGUUCAUACAGGAGAGAAGCCGCAUCAGUGCUCGGAGUGCGGAAAGAGGUUUACUGAGAGGAAGUCUCUCCGGAAUCACCAACGGCUUCACACGGGAGAGAAGCCGUUUGUCUGCCCGCUGUGCGGCAUGAGUUUUAGUCGAGAUGAUACGUUCCACAAACACAAGCGCGUGCACUCAGAAGAGAGGCCGUAUCAAUGCCCGGACUGCGACAAGGCCUUCACUUACCCGCAUCAUGUGAGAUUCCAUCAGCGCAUUCACACCGGAGAGAAGCCGUACCACUGCUCGGAGUGCGGGAAGGGUUUCGCUCAGACUAGCACUCUCGGACUACACCUGCGCAUUCACGCCGGAGAGAAGCGGUAUCCAUGCUCGCAGUGUGAAAAGAGUUUUCGGACGCAGAGCGCACUCAAUAACCACCAGCGCACUCACACCCGAGAGAAGCCGUUUUUCUGCACAGAGUGUGGGAAGUGCUUAGCUUCUAACAACAGUCUCCAACAACACAAGCGCCUUCACACCAGAGAGAUGCCAUACCAGUGCUCCGAGUGCGGGGAUCGUUUUAGGACAAGGAAAGUGUUCUGCAAACACCAGUGUGUUCAGAAGGUCAUGGACUAGUCAAGGACGUAUGUUUACACGGGAGAGAAACAGCAUCAGUGUGUGCAAUGUGGGAAGGGUUUUAGCCAAAAAGAGACUUGA